UACGAGCAGAGGGAAAUCACAGAAGAGAAAGUCAAUAAGAAGUCACGAAAACAGCGGUUGUUAACUCACUUAUCAACACAUGAUAACCCGUGAAAGUGUAUCUACCUGCAGCAGAGAGGUGGUCGAGGAUCUGUGGGUUAUUAUUUUCGGCAGAGACUUGGCUAGGUUUUUGAGACCCUAUAGAAAACUUUAGAGGUGGAUCUGGAUUCUCCUGGUUGAGGGAGAUGGCGAGCCAGUGAAGAUUUUCCUUGCCAACGGAGUAGGGAACCAGCACCUGAGCCGGAAGAGGACAUCCAACCCCUUCUUCACCUUAACUGAUAGUGUCUGUGAGAUGCAAUUGCUCAAUUUGUCCUGCCACACGCAACAAUUUUGAAGACUGGCAUAGAAUGUGAGCUUCUGUUCCAUAUGGAUGAGCGGACAUUUUACCGCCAUCUCUGGGUCACCCACUUCCAGUUCGACUACCUCAUUGAGGUCCUGAGAGAGCAAGGUCUGAAUGGGGACCAUGAUGGAGGUCUUGAGAUUCCUCUUAAGCAAAAGGUGUGUGGUUCAAGUGCUGAGAACCUUUUGCACUAUGGUUCCAACUUUUAUCAGCUGGUUCACAGAGUGUGAAAAGUUGGCAACCUCUGCCGCCCUCAGGGCAAUGUGUGGCAUUGACGGCAUCAUAGGUGCCAUAGAUGGAUGCCACAUAAAACUACAGCGGCCACCCAUCAGAGGAGGGGACUACUUGAACCGAAAAAGGUACUAUUCUGUAGUCCUCCAGGGGAUGGUGGAUGGAAGAGGGACGUUCCGGGACAUCUUUGUAGGUGCACCAGGCAGGGUACAUGACUCCAGGAUCCUCAGGAAAUCCGCCUUCAUUGUGAGAUGGGGAGAAAAAAUGGGGAGGUACAUGCUACUCGGCAACAGCACCUACAUCAGUCGCAAAUACCCGUUUAUUGUCACACCAAAGCGGGGCGAUGGUGCCCUUACCAUCCAGGACCAGCAGAGGAACACGCAGAUCUGCAAAGGACGCGUUGUAGUGGAACAAGCGUUUGGCAGGUGGAAUCGUCGCACCCUCCCCGAUCCCAAUCAACUCCAUUCAACUUGUCUAGAGCUCAGGGCAAGCUCAUCAAAAGUGCACUCCUCAUCACAUCCAGAUCCUCAGCUCCCUCUUCAUCUCAUCACCACUACUUCCACCACCAGCACUAGACUCCAUAGGGGGUUUUCCCCAAUCUACUGUGACUUCACCACCUCCCUUGAAAUAGAGGGUUGA